AUGGAUAUCGACGAGUGUCUAAAAGAGUGGGAAGAUUUAGUAGCAGAUUAUAAACGAUUAGAAACAGUUAAUAAAGAUUAUGCAACAAAGCUAGAAGAGGUUGGAGAAUUGCAAGCAACAUGUUUGAAAGAGCUCAAUCAUCAGAGAUAUCGAAUGUCCAUUAUUGCGAAUGCCCUUAAGAGAAUGGAGAAGAAGGGGGUAACAAAAGACGAUCGGCUGGCGAAUCUCGAGAAAGAGAUCAUGAAGAGGAAAGCGAUGUUGCAUGAGAUCGAAACGACCCUGCCCAAGCAAAACAGUUUGUAUCUAAGGAUCAUACUUGGUAACGUCAACGUGUCAAUCCUUAACAAAAAUGACAAGUUCAAAUAUAAAGAUGAUUAUGAAAAAUUUAAAUUAAUACUUAGUGCAAUUGCCUUUGUUCUCGCAGUUGGUAAUUUGUGGAUAAACUUUAGGCCACUACAACUGAUCCUUAUAUUCCUGCUAGUCUGGUAUUACUGUACGCUAACUAUCCGCGAGAGUAUAUUGAAAGUGAACGGGUCCAGGAUCAAAGGUUGGUGGAGGUUACACCACUUCAUAUCGACGGUGGUCGCCGGGAUAUUACUCAUUUGGCCCCAAAAUGAGCCCUGGAAUGAGUUCCGACACACUUUCAUGUGGUUUAUCGCUUAUAUUAGUGUAGUACAAUACAUGCAGUUUAGAUAUCAAAGUGGAGUACUAUAUAGAUUAAAGGCGUUGGGUGCGAGGCAUAACAUGGACAUUACUAUCGAAGGUUUCCACUCUUGGAUGUGGCGUGGACUCUCAUAUCUACUACCUUUCCUCUUUGGUGGAUAUGUGUUUCAGUUGUAUAUAGCGUACACUUUGUAUCAUAUCAGCUAUCAUCCAGAAGCGACAUGGCAGGUGGCAGCAUUAAGUAUGUCGUUCUUGCUGAUCGGCAUCGGCAACACGGCCACCACCCUCAUGGUCAUCCCGCAGAAGCUCAGCGAGCAGGUGACUUACCUGGCGGCUUUGUUUCUUAUUUUGCACUCGCUCAACAUGUAUACGAUACUGCGAGUGUUGCGAAAGAAAAUGCGUGGAAAGCUGAAACUUGGAUACAGAUUAGUUGCGAUCGCGAACCGUCUCUCCAACGAACUGACAGUUUUGGAUCAAAAAUGGAGGCAGAAUAAAGUGGAGGCAAAGACUCCU